AUGGGGAAAAAAACUUUCAGAGAAUGGCAGUAUUUCAAGUUAUCGAUUACUUCGUUCGAUCAAGAUGUGGAUGCUGCUCAUGUUAUUGAUCAGAUGACAUGGAGGCAAUGGUUAAAUAACGCAUUGAAACGUAGUUAUGGUAUUUUCGGUGAAGGUGUUGAAUAUUCAUUCCUGCAUGUUGACGAUAAGCUGGCCUACAUCAGAGUGAAUUAUGCGGAUAAAGACACAUUUUCUUCGUCCAUCAGUACAUAUAUAUCUACUGAUGAACUUGUCGGUUCACCCUUAACAGUGACCAUUCUACAAGAAUCUUCCAGUUUGAGACUUUUAGAGGUCACUGACGAUGACCGUCUAUGGCUGAAGAAAGCAAUGGAAGAAGAGGAACAAGACUGUAAAUGUACAUAG